GUGGCGCACACUAUGUAAAUCUGGUGGCGCACGCUUGGCGCACACAGCCAAAGACAGAGUAACAAAUCAGGAAUUUCCCUCCUGCCACUCCUGAGAGCGCAAGCGAGGACAAAAGUGAAGUAGUUCUCCUCAGAGAGGGACAGCCAAAGCGGGAUCUUGUACGCUUAACUUUUUCCCACAGUUAAUCAUAAGGAAAAUAUAUGUUUUUAUUACAUAUUUUCCCACCCAAAAUGAGUCCGGAUCCACCAGUGUUGCACGACGUUCUCUUUUUAAACAUUUCAUGGAAGUAACGGUGCAGCCUGCAGGAAAACGGUCGUUCUUCAGUUUUCCUCGGCUUGGAAUGUUAGUGGAUGGCGUAGGACCGUUUUUAAUGUCAUUUGGACACACGUUUGGAUUAAGUGCGUAAAACCAAGGUGCUCAACUUGGACAUGUGGAAUAACAACGGCGUCUAGAAGGAUGCUGCCGCUUGUACAAUGGAAGUGAAGAACAUUUUCGCUUUGGUGGUGGUGGUUUCUCUACUUUUUUGCUACGGUGCGAGCCAAGAAUUGAGUCUGAAAGGCAGAAAUGUAUGCAAAGCAGGAGGCUCUUCAAGGUUGGUGUGCUGCAGUGGAUGGGCUCAGCUAGGAGAUGAAUGCCUCACACCGCUUUGCGAGGGUAACUUCACCUGCAAGGAAAACGAGGUGUGCGUCAGGCCUAAUGAAUGCCGCUGCCGUCAUGGAUACUUUGGAGCGAGCUGCGACACGAAGUGUCCCGCCCAGUUUUGGGGCCCAGACUGCAAAGGUAAAUGUAACUGUUACCCCAAUGGCCAGUGUGAUGAUUUGACUGGCAAGUGCACCUGCAACCACAACCGCUGGGGGCCCAACUGCGAGAAUGCGUGCAUGUGCCAAAAGGGCAAAUGCGACCAGGACACGGGCCUCUGCACUUGUCACCCGGGUGUCUGGGGCCCACAGUGCAACAACAACUGCUACUGCAGCGUCAACUCGCUGUGCGACCCGAUGACGGGGCGCUGCCUGUGCAGCCCCGGCUGGACAGGUCGGAACUGUGCCAUCCAGUGCAACUGCAACAACUCGCCGUGUGACCAGUUCACGCAGCGCUGCCAGUGCCGGGAGAGAAUGUGGGGGCCGAGGUGUGAGCGGUAUUGCCAGUGUGUCCACGGAAAGUGCAACCAGGUGGACGGCUCGUGUACCUGCACACCGGGGUACCGUGGGAAGUUCUGCAGGGAGCCAUGUCCUGCUGGCUUCUACGGACAAAACUGCAGGAACAAGUGUGGCCACUGCAAAGGCCAGCAGCCAUGUAAGGUGACAGAGGGACGCUGCGGCACGUGCGACAGAGGCUGGAACGGGACACGGUGCGAUCAGCUCUGCUCCAAAGGCUUCUUUGGCGAAAACUGCCAGGAGGUGUGUCCCACCUGCAAGGACGGCCACCACUGUGACCCCAUUCAGGGCAAGUGCUCACACUGUAACCCCGGCUGGAUUGGGGACAGGUGUGAGGUGCGCUGUCCCAACGGCACGUAUGGCGAGAAUUGCGAGAACAACUGCAGCCACUGCUUCAACGGCAAUUGUCAUGUUGUCACCGGAGAGUGCCUGUGUGACCAGGGUUUUUACGGAACCUACUGCAAUAUGUCCUGUCAACCUGGACAAUAUGGAGUGAACUGCAACCAAACUUGCUCUUGCCAUGACAAGAACUGCGACCCCGUAUCUGGUGCCUGCUAUCUUCAGCCUAACCAACGGAUGGGCGUGAUUGCGGCAGGAACCCUGGUCUCCUUUUUGCUGAUCGUCCUGCUUUCGCUGCUGUGCUGCUGCUGUCUCUGUCGACACAAGGAUGACCACAACAAAAAAGCCAAGCGCAUCCUGUGCGGACGAUUUAGCCGAAUCAGCACUAAACUUCCCCGUAUUCCACUGAGGAGACAGAAGCUGCCAAAAGUUGUCGUAGCCCACCACGACCCCGAGCACAACUUCAACUGCAGCUUCAUCGAGCCCCCCUCUGCGGCCGAGCAGCCCUCCCCUUCCUCCUGGUCCUCUCAGGAGUCCUUCUCCUCCUUUGAGAGCAACGACGAGGGCCCAGUUUACUGUGUGCCCCAUGAAGAAUCUGUGAAUGAAAGCAAGGACAUGCGCAGCCCCAGUCCAGAAACAGACAAGGCAGAAGCUGCUCUUAAUGAUGAGGAUGCUGGAGAGUACACCUCCCUUAAGGACACUGGAGUCACCAAACCAGAAGGCAGUGAUCAACCUGUGCUGAAGUCUUCAGAUAGUGAAAGCUCUACCAGUGGAUCAGAGUCUGCGACGGCGACCCUCUAUGCUCGCAUUGCCCGUCUCUCUAAGCAGUCCAGAGAGGAGGAGAGUAGUGCCAAGGACGGGGAGACAGCUACCGAGUACAAGCGCAACGGAAAGCCACCACCAUCACCCGGUAAACCCAAACCACGACCACCAGACCCAUCAACCAAGCCAAAGGUAUCGUGGAUCCAUGGUAGCACGACAGGAACUCCCCAGCCGGACCAUCAAGGGCAGAGUGGCAUGAAACCGCUGGCUGUUCCAAAGGGAAAAAAGAGAAGUUCCAGUGAUGUGUCAGCCAAAAGUGAGGAGCAGCAGAAAGUAAAGCAGAAGAACAGCAAUCAGCAUAGGAAGCAGGAGGGUGACGCCAACGCAUCACCUAGAAAGCAAAAACCUCUGCGAGGCAAGACGUCUGGGGAUGAGCACAGCAGUCCCAGUCACAUGGAGCACAUUAACGGUGUGGUUCAGAACGCCCUCAGGAAGAUUAGCAGCUUCCACAGCUCUUCAUCUGAGAAGAAGAGCGCUGAAAGUGCGAAGGAGACCCCCAAGGAGCCCCCUAAGAGCCCCAAAGUAAUCCAUCCUCAUAUGAACUCGGAGGCCGCCACCCUCCUGGCUGCUCAGCUCAAGGAGAAAACCCAAAGCAUCAACAGGAAUGAGGGGACGGGCCUGACCAAGACCAACGGACUCUCAACACCCAAGGGAACCCGGGAGAAGCCCACACCUCCGCAGAAAGCCAAGAGGACCCCGUCCACUAGCUUGAACCAGCAGGGAUCUACUAAGCCCCUACUACCCACCUCCAGCAGCCUCCAAAAGAUGGUGGCGCCCGUCACCACUGAUCAAGGGACCCCCGAAGCCAAGAGCCCGGACAAGCAGGACUUGAACGGCUCAAGGGCAGGGGACGCGAUAGUGGAUGCCACACCGAAGAAGACUCCCAUUAAAAAGCCACCGAGGAAGAAAGGCAAGGAGGCUACUUUGGAUACUCCAGAAAUCAAAACACCCCAACCAAAGACAGCCAUCAUGCCGCCACAGAUAGUCAAGUAAGUGGACAAUUUAGCAAAAACUGUACGCAAUGUAAGAAACAUGGAUUUAUGGGAAGGUGAACUAAGUAUGCUAUGAUGACCCACAGGUCAUUCAUCCGGAACUCUACGUCUCAUCAUCCGUCUCAAACCGCGAAGCUUGACUAAUGCUGCAUUUGACAGAACUGGGUAGUGUGAUGAAGGCCAGUUGGAGUGGAACUCGUCAGUCUAUUGCGUCCCAAUUAAGUAUCCCUAAUUUGCUCCAAGUAGAAACAAUAACUUCGAGUGGCAUUCACUUGCUCUUUUUUCUAUUCAGAAAUGUCCAAUUUCCCGUUUCUAUGAAAUGCAGCAUUCGUCAGACACAACAGCUCUGCAGAUUUGCAUUCGUGAAUACUCUUCUGUGGUACUAAUUCCUCCGCAAGCUAUUUUUUUCUCGGAUUUUAAUGGGCCAGCUUGCACAGACACCAUUUUUAUACCUUUUAUAGACAACUACGGUAAAUGAUUAUGCGGUACUAUGAUAGCGCAAACAACAGCAACAUAACUAUUCUUUAGGCAAUGGAACAAAACAAAAAAAGAGGACACCUUUGGACAAAACAGAAGUCUCGGUUGCCUUCCACACCGUCCUGACUUGUAAACACAGAGAGCACAUACGUUCCGGUGAUGUAUAUUGUUUCAGUUGUUGCAGCCAUGAAAACAAGUCCAACCAAGUUUACAGAGGUGAACCAGAGAAUAACUGUCAGCAUCCGACAAGCACCAAAUCUCUAGAAUGUUGCUCUCAGGGUCACACAUCAACAACAUGUUAAGCUGCAAUCCCAAGCUGUUCUCGGUCUCCACUUUUUUUACUUUUUUUUUUUUUUGGUCAUGCUUAUGAAUCGAUUGAAACCCUCCAUUUUCCAAACCACAGCCAUCUGAAGUUAGCGCAAGCUUCAUUUAAUAAAAUAUCACCUCAGUUUACAGUCUACAGAUGCGAGUCUCAUAACGAAAAAAAAUGAAUGUGAUUGGAUUAUUAUCGAGGGGAAAAAAACAUCAAACGUAUUGGCCAUAAGGAUCACAUCGUCGUGAUUUCAUGCUGAAGUAACAAGCUGCUACUAACUGGUAGCGUGUUGAAGUGUGCCUUGACUGUGGAUCAGUUUAAGCAAAAUAAACGUUUGUGAGCUAGUUUGUUUGUCGAAGUUAGCGUUGCAGGUACUUUAACUGGAAUGAUUCAUGUUUUUCAAGCGGAAACAGUUCAUUGUUCAGGGUGGGUAGUUUUAUUGAAAGUUUUUUAAGGUACAAGUUCUUAUGUUACUUUUGCAGCUUUAAAAAAAAAAACUUGUAUACAUUGUGUACUUUUUACUCAAUCCUUGUAAGCUGUGCUUAUAUGACCCUCUGUGUUUUUUUUCUCUGUGUGUUAGUGAACCGGCUUUCAUGUUGUUCAUGUUGUAUGUUAUAAUGGAGUAUUGGGGCCACACUGAAAAGAAGCAAAUCGAGAAAAAAGUUGCAAAUUUACAUUAAUAAAGCCAUAAUUCAACAAGAAAAAGUAGGAAUUUUGAUUUGUUCUUGAAGUCAUGAAUUUUGUAAGUGAGUGUGAACAUUUCCACAAGGAGCUUUUUGCAUUUAUUCUCUUAAGAUUACAACUUUUAUUUCCAAAAAUUACAACUUUAUACAGCGCUACCUCAGUUUUCAUUAUUAAUCCAUUCCAAAAGGUCGGACGGAAGGUGAAACGUACCAAAACUGAAGCAAAAUCCAAUUAAUCCAUUCCAGACAGCCAAAAUAUGAACACAAACAUACAUUUUGUAGAGAAUAAUUAUAGUUUUACAUGCUGAAAGCAAUGCAAAAAUAAUUAUAAAUGACGAAUGUAAUGGAUGAACGAACAUUUAUCACCUUUUUUAUCUUUAUUGGAGACGGAAGAAGUCGGGAAGGCGGCGAGGAGCAGAGAGGGAGGAGGGGAGGGGAGAGAGAGGAUGGGAUCCACAUACCAUGUGAUCUUCGCCGGGAUAGAACUUACUGUCGAUGCGGCAAAAGCACUAGUUUGUGUAACAUUCUCAUUUGCGUUUUCCAAAUGAAAGAGCUUAUUAUUGUGUAAACUACGUAUUGUGAGAUUUGGUGUUGGCUGUGUGAGCAAAGAAACGCUGGUAAUAGUCCGUCCAAGUCUUCAUUAACGCCACAAGAUUCAACUAAAAAUAGCCUAAAAAAAUAGCUUUAUACGUAAUAUUUGACUAUAACUGAGACAACGUACAAAUGCAGAGAUAAAACAUUUUUCAUUUGAAUCAUACAAAAACCGGGGUGUUGAAAAGCCGAGGUUCGACUGUACUUAUAAGAUUUCAACUUUCUUCAAUACUUCAAAACAACUUUCUUCUUAAGAGACAAUACUGCCUGAAAAAAUAAAACAAACUUAUUGUAAUAUUAUGUUUUUUUCUUGCGAUAUUACAACUUCAUUCUCAACUUCAGAUCAUUGUUUCGUCGGUGUGGGCUUCAUACUCUUUUGUGGCAUUUUGCUUAUUUUGGACUCUUUUUUUUUUUUUUUCAUCCCGUCCUGUAAAGUUCUCAUAAUUGUACUCUGUUGAUGUUAUUGUGUAACUGCAUGAUGCAGAGUGUAAUUAUAAGGCAUUUUUCCAGGAAAACUGUAACCUCCUUGCCUCCCCCCUGCUCAUUACAGGAAGGAUUGUACAAUACUAUGAUACCACUGAUGACACCAUUGCAUACAUAAAACCAUAACCUUUGUGUAAUAAUGAAGUGGUAAUAUGAUCCUGCCUGUUCUUUUUAUCGGCCUGCAUUUGGACCUCAAAAUGCUGCAACACGGUUACCAGCGGUAAAGUGUAUCUGUGUCCCUCCGUGGUUUGUUUUUAGCAUAUGUGUGUGUGGUCAUUAAGCUGGUUUGUUUUCCUCAUUUACUUACCUGGAAUAAAAAAAAAAAAGAAAUACAAUGUUGCUACUGUGAGACCAAUUGUUGCUCUGUACAGAGCAAGGACAUUUGGUAACUUGACUAAUUCUCUGGGCCUACUAUUUCAAAUUCCCAAGUAUUAUUGAGUGUAAUUCAUUGUGCCUGACCCAUAUUCAUCUUCGGGACAGCUAUUAUUCCAAGACUAGAACAUCUGUGCAGUGGAAAAAGUACAUAUUGACUCAUAAUCCAAUAAACGUUCAAUUGUGUUUCAUCCUUGAUAUGCGACCCUUCCCGUGGCUCUGGGCCACAGGGUCCCAGAGUCGAUAGGAAGCCCUUCAAAGAAGCAGAGAAAACCAGGGGACUGUUAGUUUGGAUCAUUCCGCAUCAGGGACAAGAGCUCCUUUCACAAAGGAAACAGUGGAAAGUCUGUAGUGGGACUUAAUCACGCGCUGCAUGUAUGUCGUCCUUAGAGGGACACCACUGACAGCACUAAAGGAAGAGGAUGCGUAUAAGAAUGGACACGGGGGAGAGGGUCAUGUGAUUGGUAAUCAGGGCCUGUAGGCAACACAGCUUGUUUUGGACUCACUUUUUUGUGUUUUGAUGUGUUACAUAUGCUCUUUUGAAUAUGUCAUCAUUUAUUUAUACUAUGUAGUAUCCUGCACUACACAACAGCCACAGAACCAAUGAUGUAAUAGCGGUAAGGAUCAACCAAGCUGAGUAGCACAACCGAUAUUUUAAAGCACAUGCAGAGGUAGAUAAACCUACUGCGUGCUGACCACUCAUGUUACUUGAAAAGCCAUUUGUGGAG